AUGUUUUGUUUUCUUGUUAUUGUGUUGUUGGCCCUUCAAUCGGAAAUCAAUGCCUAUAAUAUUUCGCCGUAUCCUAAUUCUAUACAUAACUUUCCGGGACAUAAAGAACAUGAGCGCAGCUCCUAUUUUGGAUUUUCAUUAGUCAUCCGAGAAAAAAGUAUUAUGGUGGCUGCUCCUCGUGCCAAUUCCAGUUUGGAAGCUCAGCGGAACAUUUCCGAGCCUGGAGUGAUCUUCAGAUGCUACUUUGAAUCCGAUAACUGUUCGCCUUAUAACAUAGAUCCAAAGGGAAACUACAUUGGAAUGCCAAAUGAUGGUCUGCUUACGGCGAAAAACAAGAAUUAUCGGUGGUUGGGCGGAGCGAUGGACGGUGGUACCAGGGAUUCGGAUAAGUUCCUUGUGUGCGCCCCGCGUUUCUACAGUGACUAUGAUGAUAACCACAUGAAUGGAAUGUGCUAUUGGAUGAAGCACACACCUAAGACUAUCGAUUCCACAGACGUGAUGGAAAAGUGGCCACUUAGAGCAGAAAAGAAGCAAGUGUUUAAAACAUCAGACAAGGAUAUAUUCUACUACUCGAUGAGUGAAAUGGGACUGAGUGCACAUGUGUCGGAUGAUAACUCGAAGCUUUUGAUGGGAGCACCGGGAAUUGACCAGUGGAAGGGAUCAGUGCACUUAAAACAGGAAGUGUCAAAUAUUAGAAUAUCGAGAGGAAGACAAAGGCGUGAGAUGAACCCUAAUAGAAAAUGUGGAGAGUGUAACCCAGAGCCCAAAAAUUUUGGACAGGAGGAAGACUCAUACUUUGGGUACGCCGUGAGCUCCGGCUACUUUAAUAGCUCCAACCUAAGCACGGUGCUUUAUGUGGCCACCGCUCCUCGAGGCAAUAACCAAUUUGGCGCGGCGUACAUCUUUGAUGUCUCUGAGGACAGCAUAAAUAAGUACAAAGAAUUCCGGGGCAAUCAUUUUGGCGAAUACUUCGGCUACUCCGUUCUGGCGGAGGAUCUCAAUGGAGAUGGAAAAACGGAUGUUAUCAUAUCAGCACCUCUAUAUGCUCUGCGUAAUUCUUACGAUGAUGGAGCCAUAUAUGUGUUCAUCAACAAGGGCUUUUUCACCUUUGAGAAGAGGAUUAUUCGGUCGCCAGCGGGAAGUGGGGGCCGUUUUGGAACUACUCUAUCACGAAUAGGCGAUAUCAAUAAAGACGGGUACAAUGAUGUGGCCGUGGGAGCUCCCUUUGCUGGAAAUGGAUCCGUGUUCAUCUACCUAGGCUGCGAGAAUGGAUUGCGGGAGCAGCCGAGUCAACGACUGAAUGCUCCUUCCCAGCAACCCUGCAAACACGGAUCGCACAUGUUCGGACAUGGUCUAUCCCGUGGAUCCGACAUAGAUGGCAACGGAUUCAACGACUUUGCCAUUGGAGCUCCAAAUGCGGAGGCGGUGUAUCUGUAUCGCGCCUAUCCCGUCGUUAAGAUUCAUGCAAUAAUUAAACCAAAACUCGUCAAUCCAGAGGAGGAAAGGGUGAACAUCACCGUCUGCUAUAGACUGAGCACCAAAUCAGAUUCCACGGCGAAAGCACUAAUGGAACAAGAGCUAGACAUUCGGAUCGACAUCGACACAAAAUCAAAGAUCAAGCUGGCUGUAUUUGACGAAGAGCACGGCAGCCAGAUGAGCUUUAAGGCGAAGGCAUUUCACCAUGAGAUCUGCUCGGAAUUGCAAAUUGAAAUGGACAAAAAAACUAAAUUUACACCCAUCGCCCUGGAGAUGCAGUAUGGGCUGUCGAAAAAGAUUCCUAAUUCUGGAGAUUUUUGCGAGGACUGCGCGGUGGUGGAUCCGGCGGAACCGAAGUUUUUUACGGAGUACAUUACUUUCAACACAGGUUGUGACACCGAUGUUUGUGUCGCCGAUUUGAAAAUAAGCUGCAUCAACGCGAGCUCCACGUUGGUCUUGGGUACUAAACCUGUCCUGCGUCUGACAUACAACAUCACCAAUAAUGGAGAGUUCGCCUACCACCCUACAUUUAACGUGACGAGCUCUGCCGGCUUGAGUUUUGCCCAGGUGCCUGGAAACUGCAAGGUCACCGACGCCGUCAUGGUCUGCGACCUUAACCAUGGACAACGUAUGGCCAAAGGUGACAACGACUCCUUGACCAUUAGCUUCGAUGUGAGGCAACUCAGCGGUCGGUCGCUAGAAAUCCAAGCAGAAGUAUUUAGUGCCCGAAACGAGUCAAAUCCAGAGAACAACAAGCUAACCAAAGUGCUAAGUCUGCUGGAAAAAGCUGAUAUCUAUGUCAGCGGUGUUCAGGCAAACGAUCAUGUUAUCCUUAAAGGGUCUCCUUACACAGCAGAGGUUGUCAACUACUACGAGAUCAGGAACCACGGUCCCAGUACUUUAGAAAAUUUGAAUGUGACCCUCUAUAUUCCCGUGGCCUAUAAAACGUCUGAUUCUACCAAAGUUAUACAUAUCGUUACAUCCAGCCCAAAGAUACAGUCCAAGUACGCUCAUAACAUACUGUCCACCAGCUUCAACGAUCAGAAUAAGGCACCGGCCAAGAACUUCGCCUUAGACCAUGAGCAGAGUACUCUGCUCUUUUCCACGACCCCACAACGUGAGAAUCUGGGUGGAAAUGCGGAUGAGAAUCCAAGCAUAUCGCUUUUGAACGAGGAUCUGCCGGUUAACAACACCCUUGUGCUAGACUGCCAGGAUACCAACGUGACGUUAUGCGUUGCGGUGGAAAUACGACUCGAAAACGGACUGCAGCUUAAGCCGGAAGAUCUAAUGAACCUGACUGUAAGCUUUACCGUAGACUUGAAGGACGCAGAGGAUAUCUGGGAGUACUUCGUCAUUAAGACCGACCUAAAAAUGCACAAGAUAGGCGAUCCCACCCUAAGUUUUUUUACGAUACAGAAAAAGAUCGAAUCGAACGUUAUAUGCAAACAUGCUAAAAUUGCCAUCUGGAAAAUCAUUGCGUCCGCAAUCGUUGGCAUUUUGGUGUUUUCGGCCGCAACAUAUGCCCUUUAUAAGCGCGGAUUCUUUAAGCGAGCCAUUAAAUACGAACUAACACAGUUAAUUCGAGAUAGUUUUGAGGACGGGAUUAUAAGGACAGAUAUGGAGGAGAAUGCUCAGUCACGGGGGGAUGCGGAUUUGGAUAAAAAGUUGGAUGCUUAUGCGGAUACGACCAGUAAUUGCACUCACGCGUAGAUUGAAGGCCAAGAGAAUUGAAAUUAAAAGAGAUUGGUAACCUUAUCAGUUAGUUUCCUUAGUUCAUGACAUGCAUUUUAAAUUUUUA